UAUCCGACAUAAUAACUUUGAAUUUUGUUUGAAGGUUUGCAUGGCGAAGUAAUAAUACUUAUUAUUAAUGUUUGAGGUACGGUUGCCAACCAACAACAACAGUUCUUUUCAGAACUAUCUACGUGGUGUACCGCAAGUAUUAAUAUAACUUUGAAUUUAUUAUCGGCAGUAUUGUGAACAACAUCAUAAUAUAUUCUUGUCUUCUUGGUCUCUAUUAUUCUUCAGCUGUCUUAUUAAUUCGUGGUACAGUUUUUCAUGUUCUGUUUAUGAAGGUUGCUAAACCAAACUAUGCACUAAAGCUUAUAACGGAUAACAUUACCGCCUCAUAAAUGGAAUUUCUUCAAUAAAAGAAUAGAUUGAUUGAUUGAUUGAUAUUGACUGGGAUAUCGAGACUAUAUAAGGGAUGGUAUAGUCUCGAUUGUUGCCUCGCGUUUUUCUUGAUCAAGUUCAAAAGUUUAACAAUCUCUUAGAAGUCCCCGGCUCUUUCAUACAACCUGUUUUGAGAUGGCUUUUCAUGACAGCAGUUGGCGUUUCAAAUGUUCAAAUAUCCAAGAUGUCUGCCGCUAUUAGAUUUGUAAGUAUUUUGAUUUUUCUUGAAUAUUUUGGUUAUCUGGAAGGAGGAAUGUUGGGAGCAUUUGUUUUACCACACGGUGGAAUUGCUGCAGAUCCAGAGAAUUUUAACACAACCAACUCAACGGCGAAAUUAGAGGCACAGAUAUUACAUGACACAGUUCAAUACGUGGGAAGAAGAAUCUCCGAAUUAAGCCCAGAUCUUAUUUUUCUCAGUACACCACACGGAAUAUCGAUUCGAAAAAUUGCCUCUGGAACUGGAGGAACAGAUAACUGUAACUGUCCGCCGUGUUGUGUAAAUGUAUCUGUAUAUCUGGAUUCUAACGUUACUAAACUACUACUUGAAAUACUAGAAACGAGACAAAAUAUAAGUGGAGCGACGGCAUUCGGUCCCCCGGGAGGAUCGACUGAACCCUUUCCGCUAAGAUGGGGUGAAGUGAUACCAUUGUCAUUUAUAAACAGAGAUACGUUAAAAAGUACUAAGGUUGUAAUUUUAUCCCAUCCAAGCAGGCGAUACAAUGAUGUUGUCAAAAUGGUUCCUGAGCUCAUAGAUAUUGGUGGAUCACUUUUUGAUGUACUUGAAUUGUCUGGGAAAAAAUAUGUUGUGAUCAUCAGCUGUGAUCUUGCGCAUACUCAUGAUAAAAAUGGCCCCUAUGGGUUUUCACCUGCAGCAGCCCCAUUUGAUGAGGCUUGUGGCAAUUGGGCUGAGACAUUGGAUGGAAAAUAUUUGACUGUGACAGCCGCUGGGUACGUGGAAAAAGCAUUAUCAUGUGGGUACACGGGGUUGGUGAUGUUGCAUGGGAUUUUGAAUAGGUCAAGCAUGGAAACAGCCUGGAAACCAACUUUACUAGCCAACUAUCACCCUAGUUACUAUGGGAUGAUGGUUGCUUCGUUUGAAAGUCCCGACAUCGUGCUGUAUAGUUAAAUACAAGUAUUUAUAACGAUCAUGAUGACAAAAAUAUUUGUAUUUUAUUAAAUAAAAAUACAUCUAGUUCUA